AUGCAUACUGACAACAGCAUUUCAGAUGAUGGCCGUGAUGCACACGAACAGGUCUACAGAAACGAUGAGCGCCAUGAGGGCAAGUUCUCGCACGAGCUCAUCGGUGGCGCUGCUGCCUUUGAGGGCAUGAAGCUAUACGAAGACAAACAGCGCAGAGAAGGCAAGGCUGUCGACCACGCGUUUGCCAAAGAACUCCUUGCCGGAUUCGUCGGUGCCGAAGUUGACAAGCUCGCCGAAACGAAGGGGCUGGAUGAGUACGACAAGAUUCGAGCAAGGGAACAUGGCAAGAGGGCCGCCGAGGGAAUGUAUGACAACCAUUACGGCGAUAUGGAUCGAUAUGACCCCAACUCCCGCGAUCAGCCAAGAUUCAACUAUUGA